AUCAACACCACAACUAUACGUACCUUCUUCUCCUGUCAAGUCUUACCUAAAUUCUCUCUCAGAACCCUAAACACACUUUCAAACAUGAACAAGUCGAUGAGGAUUCUGUUCCUUCUCAUUACCACACUUGCAGCGUUGACCAUUGCUGUUACCAAAGCAGAAGAACAAUUCAACUCUGGACGAGGACUCUCAAGUCGUUUUCUCGCUGGUAUACCCUAUGGGAGCAUAACAAACUGCAAGAUAAACCCUAAAGUUUGUGUUGCAGAAGGAAGUGCAGGCCCAGAUUGCUGCAACAACAAGUGUGUGAAUCUGGAGAUAGAUUCAUCCAACUGCGGAAGAUGUGGGCAUAAAUGUGGACAACAGAAGAUAUGUUGCGAGGGAAAGUGUGUGAACCCCAUGAGGAACGAGAAGCACUGUGGCAAAUGUGGUAACAAGUGUGAUGAAUCCAGCUCCUGUGUCUAUGGGAUGUGCAGCUAUGCUUGAACAUAGAUUCGAUCAUUCAUAUGAAUUUCGUUAAGAAUAAUGAUGAUGAUGAUAGUAAUAAUUAAUAAAGUGCAGCCAUCAAACAGUUAGCUUGAUGAGUCCUGCCAAUGCGUUGAUUGUUUGGUUCCUUUUUCAUUUGUUAUAUUGAAAAGAAAAAGAGCAUAUGCUUAUAUAUGUACGCAUGAAUAAAUGAAUGAAUAUAUCAGUGUUGUUUUUAUUUAUUUAUUU